AUGAUGGCGAGCAGCCUGAGCAGGAGCUCUCGCAGUCUGUUGAGCCAGUUGUCCCGCAGCAGCGGCAGCAGCAGCAGCUCAGCAGGCACCAACCUCACUCGACGAGCCGCCUCCUCCGCAGCGAGACCGACCGACGACGUGGAUCCAUACUGCGCUUCUUCCUCCUCAUCGUCACACUUAGCGUCUUCCAGCACCAACCUGAACCCCUCGGGCGAUCGCAAAAGAACGUAUGGACAACCGCUCCCCCACUCCCACCCACACUUGUUUCCACGACGCGGCGUGCUAGGUUCCGAGGAUGCCGUCCUUCGCCCAGGAGACGCCCUGCCCCACCACUCGCUCUACGAUGACGGCAUCGGAAUCGUAGCCACCGAGCAGCUCACUCCCGGUAUCCCCAAAUCCGAAUACGAAACACGGCGCAGGAACCUCAUGGACCGUCUGCCCGACAACAGCGUAGUUGUCGCCAUGUCUGGUCGGGUCAAAAGCAUGAGCGGAAACAUCUUCUACAAGUUUCGUCAGGAGACCAACUUCUGGUACCUCACCGGGUUUCAAGAGCCAGACUCCGCCUUGAUACUGGAGAAGGAUCCAAGCAGUCCGAGAGGUUACAGGAUGACCAUGUUUGUGCAGAAGCGGGACGAGCAUAACGAGACGUGGAACGGGCCGAGGACGGGGCUGGAUGGCGCGGUCGAUAUCUUUGGCGCCGACGAAUGCUUCGAGCUCGAUCCGGCGAUCCUUCUGCACCAUCUCAAGCAGAUCUUACCCAGGUACACGCACAUCUACGUCGAACCACCGAACCAACCCAGCACGCCAAGACGCGGCACCACAGCGACCACCAAGGCGGGCAACAUCCUCAACUACCUCAGUCCACCGAGCAGCACCUCGUUGGAUCUGUUUUCCAAGAAGUCCGACUUCGAAGCGGUGAUCAAGCUGUUGGGAGACACGCGCAAGUGCCACUCGCUGGCACGCGAGGUGGAACGUCUGCGGUUCAAGAAGUCGGCCAACGAGAUCCGGGUGAUGAAGCGAGCGGGGCGGAUCAGUGGAGAAGCGAUGGCCGAGACCAUGGGGUUCGUGCGACCCGGUGUAUCCGAGGCCCAGCUGCAGGCGGUGUUCGAGUACCACUGCAGCCUCGGCGGAUCGCAACGGCCGGCGUACGUGCCCGUCGUAGCCUCCGGAUCCAACGCGCUCACCAUCCACUACGUCAACAACGACCGGCUCGUCGGACCCGACCAGCUCGUCUGCAUCGACGCCGGCGGCGAACUCGACGGCUACGCCUCCGACAUCACGCGUGCCUUCCCGUCCAACUCCAACGGCCUCUUCUCCGAACCCCAGAAGGACCUCUACACGGCGGUACUCAACGUGCUCAAAUCGUGCACCUCGCUCGCCACCGAAAACCAAUGCUACACGCUCGCCGAUCUGCAUCGACGAUCGGUCGACUUCUUGCGGCAGGAACUCAAGCAGAUCGGCUUCCACCUCACCGGAGGAUCGCUGGAGAGGGUGCUGUAUCCGCACUACAUCGGACACUGGUUGGGCAUCGAUCUGCACGACUGUGCGAGCGUCGAGAGGACGACGAAGCUGGAAGAGGGGGUGGUGGUGACCAUCGAACCGGGUGUGUAUGUUCCGUUUGACGAUGCGUUUCCGAAGCACUUCCAGGGGAUCGGGAUCAGGGUGGAGGACGAUAUCGCGGUGGGCGAGGAUGUGAACGUCGUGCUGUCGGCGAGCGCGCCCAAGGAGGUGGUGGAUGUGGAAGCCGCGUGCAAGAGGUUCUUGGACAGACGACAUAGCGAUGCUGAAAGGGUUGGGUGGCAGCCUCGUCUCACGUCGUAG